GAUAGAGAGAUAGAAGAAAGAGCUUAUAGCCAGAGAUAGAGAUACUUUGUGGCCGCGUUGAUGGCGAUGGGCCCGGAAAGAUCAAGGCCGCUGCACAAUUUCACGCUUCCAUGUGAAUUGAAGUGGGGGAGCCGGAAGUUCUUGAGAUGCGUCAAGCUUGAUUCAAACGGAGAAAUCGCCGCCUUACACCGGCGGUCUAAUGGGUUGUCGGCGCCCCAUCCCUUGUUGGGCCGGGUUGCUCCGUCCGCCGCGAGGUCAAACGAAAGGCUGAAGAGGGAGGCGGCCGGGAGUAGCCGUAAAUUCGAGUCCUACGCCGACGGCGGGAUCGCCUCUGUGAGGGAGAAGUUAAUGUUCGAUCUCCAGACGGCAGCGGAUCAGAUAAAAGACGCGAUUUUGCGGGAGGGGUUGAAAGAAGAGCUUCACCAUCGGCCGGCCGUGGAUGGAGGAGGGGAACAAAAACUGUCUCCGCCUGAAUCCGCCGCCGCUGACCCGAAUAAGCCCCGGAGCUUGAGGACUCGCCGGACAACCGCCGGAUCGACCAGGAACUUAAACGCUUCCCCAUCGAGAGGCGAACCCGCAUCUCCAAUAGUGUUGAACGGGCAACCCGCAGUAGGGCAGAAGAGAGGGAAGCUCUCUGUUCCCCUCUCCCGUCAAGAGAUCGAAGAGGAUUUCAUGGCUAUAGUUGGUCACAGACCCGCUCGCCGCCCCAAGAAACGAUCCAAAUUGGUCCAGAAGAAUUUGGAUACCCUCUUUCCCGGAUUAUGGCUGUCGGAAAUCACACCAGAUUUAUACAAAGUUCCUGAUGAUCAAUAGAAUAUACAUAUAUGGACAGGUAAAGAAUGGUUCUUGAAUUCUUAAAUGUUCCUGAUGAUCAAUAGAAUAUACAUAUAUGUUUGUAUUUGUGGAUUUGGAAUUUUGAUCAAAGUGUUGAGGAAAAGGAUAUAAGGUAAGUUACCAGAAAAUUAUGCCAAGGAUUUAUUUAUGACUGCGGAAACUGCAACCAUCUUACAGUAAUUUGAAUCUCAAGCAAAAUUCUUGCUGAAGAUUCUUUGUCAUUCCGCCGCCGAGACUGGACUAUACCUAGUAACAUUCAAAAGAAAUUUAAACUAUCCAGUGUUUAAUCGGAGUUAUGGCGGAGAAGAACGGAAGCGGCGGCGAAAGCCCUCUUGAGCUAUUCCUAAAGAUAGGUUUGGAUGAACGGACGGCGAAGAACACAGUCGCGAACAACAAAGUUACAGCUAAUCUGACUGCUGUGAUCCAUGA